GCUACGACCGUGUUGGCGUGCGUGUGACUGUGUGCGUGUGUGUUUGUGUGGUGCGUGCGUGGGUCUGCCGCAUUAAAUUUGGAUUUUACUCCGACUCUGCUCCAAACUGAACCUGACCCGGAUCUCGGACCACGAUCCUGACGAUGAUGAUGAAGAUGCGACUAGACCUAAACGUGGCCUGUGUGUUGGCAUGCCUCCUGCUGGGCGUCUCUGGUGCCAGCGCCUGGCACUCUGAGGAGCUGGAAAUCUUUGAUUUGGUCGAGGAGGUGAACCGAAACUUCUAUGAGUUCAUGGGCAUCAAUCAAACGGCCACGGGCGCUGAGGUUAAGCGCGCCUUUCGCACUCUGUCCAUUGUCCUGCAUCCAGAUAAGAAUCCAGCCGAGGAUGCCAACAUUCAGUUCCGUAAUCUCGUCUCCAUCUACGAGGUUCUCAAGGAUCCUUCACGGCGUGAGAAAUACGACAGAGUGCUCAAGGAGGGCAUGCCCAACUGGAAGUCAGCUCUCUACUAUUACCGUAGGAUGAGGAAGAUUGGCCUGUAUGAGGGCGCCUUCAUCCUCUUCCUGAUCACCACCGUGGGACAGUAUCUGUUUGCCUGGGCCGCUUACCUCGAGAAGAAGUACACCGCCGAACAGGUCUUUGGCACCAAGCUGAAGAAACUGCAGAAGAAGAACAAAAACAUUGACAUGGACGUUAUUCUUAGCGAAAUACCGAUGCCAUCACUUCUGAAUACCCUGCCCAUUCAGAUCCCUUUGGCAUUGUGGAACCUUCCACGUACGAUUAAGAAUGGAUUUAGCAAGGCCAACGAGCUUAAGGAACUGGCAUUGGAGAAACGCAGGCAAGAACUGGAGGCUGCCCGUCGCCAAGAGGAGCUGGAGCGAGAGGCCGAGGAGCAGGCACGUCUGCGCAAGGAGCACAAGGAAAACUUGCGCAAGCGCAAGCAGAACAGCAAGGCGCCGGAAAAGACCGAGGAGGAGUUGCGUGGCUACUCGCAGAUUCAGGCGCGAGAAUUGACCGAUGAAGAUGCUGUUCGUCCGGCUUCCCAGAAGAGCACUGUGAGCGGUGGCUUCUGGACUGACGAGGAUCUCACCGAACUGAUUCGCCUGGUGAAGAAGUACCCAGGCGGAGCUGGUAGUCGCUGGAACACUAUAGCUGAAUCCAUGAAUCGCAGCGUGCAGGAGGUAACCUUCAUGGCGGCUAAGAUGAAAGAGAAUGGUUAUCGGAUUCCCGGUCAAACGGACAGUGUAGCCGAGAAUCUUGUCCAAGAAUCCCAACAGGCGCAGCGUAAGGAGAAAGUGAAGAAGUCAGCGACAGGGCCAGGAACUGCAGCGGCUCCAGCGGAGAAAAGUAUGCUGAUUCCAGAGACCAACUGGACGCAGGAACAGCAACGCGCCCUUGAGGCGGCCAUAGUUAAGUACCGUAAGACGGCAGGCGGGGAUCGUUGGCAGAAGAUUGCCAACAGUGUGCCGGAGAAGACCAAGGAGGAGUGCCUGGUGCGCUACAAAUAUCUCUGCGAGCUGGUCAAGACGCAGAAGCGGGCCGAAGAGGAGGCUAACGAGCCGGAGGAAGAUUCGGCUGCGAUUGAAGAGGAGCUUCCAGAGGAGGAGCCAGUUGCGCCGCCAGAACCGGAGGCAGCGCCAGUCGCCAAAAAGCUUAGCAAGCGAGAGCAGCGACGACGCAAACGAGAUCUGUCCAGUGGCGAGGACUCAGACGAUGCAUAUCAAUACGAAAUCAGUUAGUCGGUUACCACGACUCCUCCAGUUCAGUCCUCCUGCUUCGGCAGCUCCUCGCGUGGCUCAAAACCUAGAUGUAAUUGAAUUUUUUUUAUACUUUGCAUUAAAGACUCUCUGGCAUGGCAUUUUGGACCUUCCUUAUCCUGCCGCUCUGACCCGAUCCUAUGCCCCUUCCCAUUCCUAUUCCUCCCUAUCCUGUGUGUGUAGCGCUUAUCUUAUGUUUUGUACAUAAUUCUAAUACUGUAAUCAUUUAAAUGUCGAUUAAUUCCUUUGCUAAGUAAACGAAAUGUGGAAGGAAGUGGAAA